CCAUGUUUCCCAUGGAACUGCGGAAGCUUUCCCAAGUUAGAUUGUGAUCUGGGCAAUUCUUUCUCCAGAGUACGAGAGAUGGAACCAACUGCGAAACUGGUCUCUGAGGGUCCAUCGGGGUUGUUGCAGAGUGAUGAACUAUACAAUUAUGUGCUGAUGACUAGCGUGUACCCCAGAGAAGCAGAGAUUCUGAAGGAGCUCAGAGAUGCUAUUGCAAACCAUCCACAGUCCUACUUUGCGACUGCGCCAGAUGGGGGUCAGUUCAUCGCUCUGCUCCUGAAGCUAUUGAACGCGAAGAAGACUAUAGAGGUCGGCGUCUUCACCGGAUACUCUCUCCUCCUCACCGCUCUCACCAUUCCACAAGAUGGCAAGAUCAUAGCGAUCGAUGUAGACCGAGAAGCAUAUGAGAUCGGAUUGCCGUUUAUCAAGAAGGCCAAUGUCGAACACAAGAUCGACUUCGUUGAAUCGCAAGCUUUGCCCGUCCUCACCAAAUUAAUAGAAAACCAAGAAAAUGAAAGCAGCUUCGACUUUGCGUUCGUCGAUGCUGACCGGGCAAACCUGAAGAACUAUCACGAGAGGCUACUAAGGCUGGUGAGGGUUGGGGGUGUGAUCAUGUAUGACAACACUCUCUGGGGAGGCACUGUGGCCUUGGCCGACCCAUCCUCUGCUCACCCAAUGAGGCAAUUCGCAUGGAAGGACUCGAUCGAGUUCAACAAGAUGAUAGCGGGUGAUCCUCGGGUCGAUAUAUCUCAAGUUGCACUGGGUGAUGGGAUGACGAUCUGCAGGCGCAUCUAUUGAUGCCCUUUGAUCAAAUUUAUGGCAUACAUCGAAAUAAGCACUCGUUCCUCAAUCUGUUGAGAUUGGAGCAGAAUAGUUUCUAAUACAGAUUGUGAGUCUGUUGUGUUAUAACCUUUUGACCGCUUUCAAUAAACUUCAGACGAUUGUUCACCCACUAAAAGACCGUUCUUGUCAAUUUCUUUAAUCUACACUACCUAGUCCCUGUGUCAGGAAUAA